CAUUACAGUUGACCUUUCAGGCGCUCCCUUCAAACCCACGUCUCUUUCUCUCUCUCUCUCCCUCUGUGCUCAUUUGAUAUUGAUACCUUCCCUUUCCUUUCAUUCGCACAUUCCCCGAAGGAAUCCACAGUCCAAUCACACAGGCAAAACCCAGAAAGAAAAACGAUGUCGUUUAACCAGCAACAGCCAGAGGACGACGACGAAGAGGCCCUGGAACAAACCCUCCUUGUCGUCCGCGAGGUCUCGGUCUACAAAAUCCCUCCCCGCCCCACCUCCGGCGGGUACAAGUGCGGCGAGUGGCUCCAGUCCGAUAAGAUCUGGUCCGGUCGCCUCCGGGUCGUCUCAUGCAAAGCCCGGUGCGAGAUCCGGCUCGAGGACCCGGCCUCAGGGGACCUCUUCGCCGCAUGUUUCGUGCUGCCGGGUCAGCCCCGCGAGAGCUCCGUGGAGACCGUGCUCGACUCGUCGCGAUACUUCGUGCUCCGGAUCGAGGACGGCCAGGGCAAGCACGCCUUCGUGGGGCUCGGCUUCGCUGAGCGCAACGAGGCGUUCGACUUCAACGUCGCGCUCUCCGAUCAUGAGAAGUACGUGAGGAGGGAGCACGAGAAGAGGGAGGGUGGCGGUGGUGGUGGGGAGGCCGAUGAUAGAGAGACCCAGAUCGAUAUUCAUCCCGCUGUGAAUCAUAGAUUGAAGGAAGGUGAAACGAUCCGGAUAAGUGUGAAGCCCAAACCAUCUGGUGGAACCGGAAUGCUCUCAGCUGCUGGUCUAACAGGAGGGCUUUCUGGAACUCCAAAGCCUAAAGCUUUGAGCCUUGCCCCACCACCCAGUGGGGCAGGAAAAAUCAGGUCUCCACUCCCUCCUCCUCCCAAUGAUCAUGUGGUUGCUCGGAUGACCUCUGCCAGUCACCUCGGUGAUGGUCUCAAGGGGCCUAAGGAAAAUGUGAGGCAUUCAAAUGAUCCUUUGUCAGACCUUUCUCCACUUGAGGGAUUAUGAAAAAAUUACUAGAAGAUUUGAGUAAGUGCCAAAUUAGAAGAAGACUUCAGUAUUAAUAUUACAAUUUUACUCAUUUUAAAAGAAAAGAAGAAGAAGAAGAAGAUACUAUGAUUUCAGUUGUUCCUAUCCAGAAACAACAUAAAAAUUAUGGUUUGCCCUUAGCAAGCUCGGUGAAAACCUGGUGACCAUUUAAGAUUUUCUUCACUGGGACAACCACAUUGAUAUCUUGGUUAUAGAUCGUGAAGAAGUGCUUUUGAUUUACUAUGGUUCUCAUACGGACGGAGCUAGGAAUGAUACUUUGGAGCUCCUUCAGAACUUUUUGCAGUAUUGACUGCUAGUAAUAGUGCAGCAGACUUCUUCAUUUUUAUACCUGUUAAACUUCAUUGUGGCUUGGUGUUUGAAUCGAAUUACAUAUGAAUAGCAUAUCAUAAUGGAUGUUCUUUGCAUGUCUGACUUGCAUGCACUUCUUUACCUGUAUAGGGCACAUCUUAUAUGUGUUUCGAUAUUGAUAUCGAUAUCUUUGGGUUAUUGGAACUUUACACUUGGUUAGAAAUUAUUAGUGACACUUGGAAUAUUGUACUCUUAAGUCACAUGG